ACUGCCUCUACCACCACCGCCAGGAGAGCUUGAGCUGAGAGGAAACUACGGUUCUCCCUACUCAGACGCAGAAAACCCCUUUUCAACAAUCUGUUAAAACAUGGUGGAUUACUAUGAAGUUCUAGGAGUGCAGAGAUAUGCUUCACCUGAGGAUAUUAAAAAGGCUUAUCGUAAAGUGGCACUUAAAUGGCACCCUGAUAAAAAUCCAGAAAAUAAAGAAGCAGCUCAGAGAAAAUUCAAAGUAGCUGAAGCAUAUGAGGUAUUAUCAAAUAAUGAAAAACAGGACAUUUAUGAUAAAUAUGGCCAAGAAGGAUUAAAUGGUAGAGGCAGAAUUCAUUUUGAUGAUUCUUUUGAAUAUGGCUUCACAUUCUGUAAGCCAGAUGAUGUCUUUAGAGAAAUUUUUGGUGAAAGGGACCCAUUUUCAUUUCAUUUCUUCGAAGACUCACUUGAGGACCUUUUAAAUAGUCCAAAAAGCUCCAGAAGCAGAGGUACAAGAUCCUUUUUUGCUACCUCCAGUAAAUAUCCGGUUUUUGAAAGAUUUUCUUCAUAUGAUACAGUAUACACACCAUAUGGUUCACUGGGCCAUGAGGGCCUUCAUUCAUCCUCCUCCCUGGCAUUUGAUGAUAGUGGGAUGAGCAACUACCUAUCUGUUACAGCUUUAGGUAAGAUUGGUAAUAGCAGAAAUACAAAUACACAGAGAAUUAUUGAGAAUGAUCAAGAAAGAGAAGUUGACGAUGAUGCUGAGUUGAAGUCCUUCCUUAUAAAUGGUGUGGCAGAUGAAGAGGGCUUUGCAGAAGAAUGCAGCUGGGGAAGAAAAUUAUUCAACAGUUACUCACCAAAGUCCUACAGCCCCGAACAUGUAACUCAAUAUAUUUUUGUGGAUAGUGAUGAGCAAGAUAUACCUUGGGUCACCAGCAACUAGAAUCCCUCUAUUUUCUCAGCAGGAUUCAAAGAAGGUGGUAAGAGAAAAAAAAAGAAGCAUAAAGAGGUGCAGAAGAAGUCAACCAAAAGGAAUCGUUAA